AGCCGUUCGCAUCGCGUACGUAUAUAGCUGUGCAAACGUCAAUCUUUUUGAAGUAAUGUUUAACAACGGUCAUUGUUAAUUUAUUAUUAAAAAAUUUUUAGUGCGUUAAGAACUUGAUCUACGAAGAUGCCUGCUCUGGAAAUUGCUCCAGGGCAAGCUCCUGGAACGGAACCAGAAGUCGAAAACAAUGUGCCUUCCUCGCAACCAGUUGUUGGCAUUAUUUAUCCUCCACCGGAGGUCAGAAAUAUCGUUGACAAGACUGCAAGUUUUGUUGCUAGGAAUGGUCCAGAGUUUGAGUCAAGGAUUCGACAGAAUGAGUUGAAAAAUCCAAAAUUCAAUUUCUUAAACACUGGUGAUCCAUAUUACUCAUACUACCAACAUAAAGUUAAAGAAUUUAAAGAAGGAAAAGGACAAGAGCCAACUCUUGGCGGAGCUCCAAAAAGUGUUCUACUGACAGCUCAUCAAAAGCAACAGGAAAUCUUAAAACAAGUGGAACAACCUUUUGUUCCAAAAGAUCCUCCACCAGAAUUUGAAUUUAUUGCUGAUCCUCCUUCAAUUUCUGCUUUGGAUUUGGACAUAGUUAAACUUACUGCACAAUUUGUUGCACGUAAUGGACGUCAGUUUUUGACAAACUUGAUGAACAGAGAACAAAGAAACUUUCAAUUUGAUUUUUUGCGUCCACAGCACUCCUUGUUCCAAUAUUUCACUAAAUUACUUGAACAGUAUACUAAAGUUCUAAUUCCAUCUAAAGAUUUGAUUCCUAAACUCAAGGAAGAAUCCUCAAGUUUAGACAAAAUUCUAGAUCAAGUUAAAUAUCGAUCAGAAUGGAUCAAGUAUCAAGAAUCACAAAAGAGAAAAGAAGAAGAGGAAUUGGAGCGUGAAAGAGUAGCUUAUGCUCAGAUUGAUUGGCAUGACUUUGUUGUUGUAGAAACUGUUGAUUAUCAACAAUUUGAAGUCGGAAACUUUCCUGCACCAACUACUCCAGAUGAAGUUGGAGCUAGAGUUCUUAUGCAGGAACGUAUCGAAGAUGGUGAAGAUGUUGAAAUGCAGAUUGAAAGUGAUGGUGAAGAUGAAAUGCUUUCUCGUGUAGAAUCAGAGAAAGAACGUACUAAGGACAACAAUCAAGUCGAAGAUAUGGAGGAAGAUUCGAGCGAUGAAGAGGAUCUUGUACCACCAGGCGAGAAGAAAGACAAAUCUCGCGAUAGCGCCAUGCAACCGCCACCGUUACCUCCUACUCCUGGCAACGUCGUCGUCAAAAAAGGAUACGAUCCCAAACAACACGCUACCAAAAUUACAAGACCAGUGGCAUCGGAUGAGUACCUUGUUUCUCCAAUUACCGGCGAGAAAAUUCCAGCAAGCAAAGUACAGGAGCACAUGCGUAUUGGUUUGCUGGAUCCUCGUUGGGUGGAGCAACGAGACAAACAUUUGGACAAAAUGGCCCAAGAAACGGUAUUUGCACCGGGUACAGCUAUCGAAGCCAGUCUUAAACAGUUGGCCGAGAGACGUACCGAUAUUUUUGGUGUUGGUGAUGAGGAAACAGCCAUCGGUAAAAAGAUUGGCGAGGAGGAUAAAAAGAAGGAUGAUAAAGUUACCUGGGAUGGGCAUACUUCAAGUGUUGAAGCUGCUACCAGGGCUGCUAGAGCUAAUAUCACAUUGGAAGAGCAAAUUCAUCAGAUACACAAGGUCAAGGGUCUUCUGCCAGAUGAAGAAAAAGAAAAAAUCGGUCCGAAACCGGUAACAAGUCGGCAAGCAGAGUUGACUCACAUGGCUGCAGCUGCUUCGAAACCACAAGCGACUUUGAAAGCUCCACCAAAGCCAUCUGUGCCGAAGCCGGUAAUGCCUCAGCAACAACCAAAUCAACCACCUCCACCACCACAGAUGGCCAUGCCACCCAUGAUACCACAGCCAAUGAUGGCUCAACCACCUAUGAUGAUGAUGGCACCUAUGUCAUCGAUCAGACCUCCACCACCACUUAUAGCGCCACCGAUGAAUCCAUUCAUGCCGACUCCAUCUAUGCAGCCGCCUAUGCCACCGCAGAUGGGUAUGAAACAUCCUGCAGAAGACGAUAUGCACGAUCAUCAAGCCAAGAGGUUACGAACCGAAGAUUCUUUGCUUCCAGAAGAUCAGUUCAUUGCUCGUAAUAAGGGACCGGUACAGCUAAAUAUUCUGACUCCAAUUAUCAGUGAUAAGCCAGAAUGGAAGUUAAAUGGCCAGACGCUCAGUCUAUUGCUUCAAGUAACCGAUCCAGUAUCCACGAUCAAAGUUAAAAUUCACGAACAGACGGGCAUGCCACCUGGAAAACAAAAAUUGCAAUAUGAGGGAAUGUUCUUCAAGGACAACAAUACAUUAGCAUAUUACAAUUUAACAUCUGGUAGCGUUGUAACUCUUCUACCGAAAGAGAGAGGUGGCAGAAAGAAGUAAAAUGUAUAACAAUUUUAGAUUAUUACAACAUCGUAUCUUUAUUUAUGCUUAACUUGAAAAUAAUGUAUAAUCUUACUCAAGUUCGAGAAAGAGUAUGUUAAUGCUAUGCGCUCUUUAUCUUUAGUAAUCAAUCAAAUGAUAUCAAAUGAUGAGCGCACACGCACACACAAAUAAACACAUUGUACAUACACAUAUUACUUUUACCAAAACAAAUGAAAAUUUUAAGAUCAUAAUUAGCGACUGUGUUCUCAUUUCGCACCUUAUCUAUGUUAACGUAAUAGUAUGUUAAAAUAAAGAAUA